CGAGAUCUGAGCGUUGUUCCAAACUUCCCUUCUUACCCCACGACCACCACCAUGCUGUUCAUCGCCGCAUAUAUUGCGAGCUUGCUAUGUUUCGCAGUAGCGGCGCCCACGAGGAACGUGCGACCACUUGUUAUAUGGCACGGCCUGGGCGACACCUACGAUUCGGCGGGUAUGACCCGUGUUCAGGAGGAGGUCAAGAAGAUGCACCCAGGCAUCUUCGUCCACUUGAUUCGCAUGAACGAGGAUUCGAAGGAGGACAAACAGGCAGGAUUUUACGGCAACGUCAAUGAACAAGUCGCGCUCGCCGCCUCUCAGCUUGCGAACAUCUCAGAGCUCAGUCAAGGAUUCGAUGCCGUCGGAUUCUCUCAGGGUGGCCAGUUCUUGCGGGCUUACAUCGAGCGUUAUAACGAGCCUCCGGUGAACAAUCUCGUCACGUUUGGAUCGCAACAUAUGGGGAUCUCGGACUUGCCAGUAUGCAGUGCAUACGACCUACUCUGCCAAAUUGCGCGGCGGGCGACAAAGGGUGGGGUGUACAAUGAGUGGGUGCAGGAGAACUUGGUGCAGGCGCAAUACUUCCGAGACCCCAACCAGCUGCCGCUGUAUGUUACAUCCAGCAAGUUCCUCGCGGACAUCAACAACGAGGUGCUGCUGCCGAGCGAGCGCAACGGGACGUACGCAGACAACUUCAGCACGCUGAGCAACCUCGUGCUCGUCAAGUUCGAGAAGGACAGAACGGUCGUGCCGAAGGAGAGCUCGUGGUUCGGCUCGCAGGCGCCGUCAGACACCUCGCUUUACCAGAGUACUGAACAGGUUCCCCUCGGAGGACCUCGCCCGUCGCGAGUUGACGACAACCGCGAGAUCAUAGGCAUGGAGGAACAGCCUCUCUAUCAGGAGGACUGGAUUGGCCUUCGGGCGUUAGAUGAGCGCGGCGCUGUCACGUUCAGCACAUGUGAGGGUGAGCAUAUGGACUUGACUGGAUGCUGGGAGGACAUAUUCGCCGAGUACGUUGGUGGCCUUUUGUAGUGUAUGUUAUUUCUAUAAUUGUGACUUUUGUACAUCAUUCAUAUUUAUAUCAUUGCGACAUAUCAUCUUGCUUUCUCGCUAGCUCCUACAGACGUUUCACAGACCACACCAACGUGAGCGCCUUCGAGCCCGGCGGAAUAUUAUCAUACCCAUUGGCGCGGUGCCGCCUCGCGUUCUCGAACAAGAACGCCUCCACCUCCACCGUCCCCCGCUUGAAGACCGUCCCGUCCCAGAGCUCCUUCCAGCUCUCGGGGCCGUGGCAGAACAUCCGCCGCCCGCCCCUCGACUCGUAGUCCCUGUGCCCCUUCACCUCUCUGCCUCCGUGGGCGCCGAAGAUGAUCGAGCCAGGUUCGGGGCUGAGCAGCCCCGCGAGGCGCCUCGCGAGGUCCAGCUGCUGCUCUUCGUUGAAGAGGUGGAAGAACGCGGAGGCGUGGAUGGCUGAGACGUGCCCUCGGAGGAGGUUGAGCGAGGUGAGCGAGGACAAGUCUGGUGCCGGAGAUGGUACGGCCUGGGGCUCGUACAGCGGGUCCACCGCUUUGAGUUUGGAGUCGUCGAAUGCGUCUGCGGGGACGAAAGGGGCUGGGAAUGUGUCCUUUGUGUCUUUGAAAAGCUUGUAUCCGAGCUCCCAGAACUCUGAGGAUGCUGAGCAUCCAGUGGUUUGGUGGGGAGAGGAGGAUGGGGCCUUACCUGAAUGUAUGUCGGAUCCGAGUAUGUUCUCCUUCGGAAAGCCAUCUGCGACGGCC